AUGGCGGCUAAACAACAAACCGUCCCCUCUCUCACACUGACAUGUUUACUUUCAACUAUUCUGCUACAGACUUGUCGGACUUUUGCAGGGGAGCUGAAGUGGGACGAGAAUGGCUACGUGUUGUACUGCCCGUGCAUGGGUCGCUUUGGAAACCAGGCAGACCACUUCUUGGGAUCUCUGGCCUUUGCAAAGAUGUUGAACCGAACCCUGGCAGUCCCUCCAUGGAUUGUGUAUCGCCACCACACACCCCCUUACACCAAUGUCCAUGUUUCCUACAGUGAGUUCUUCCAGCUGGAGCCCUUGUCAGCCUACCACCGUGUGGUCAGUUUGGAGGACUUCAUGGAGAAGCUGGCUCCUAAACACUGGCCCACAGGACAGAGGAAAGCCUACUGCUUUGAGACUGCAGCACAGCGGAGUGCAGACAAGAAGUCCUGCCCCAUGAAGGAUGGGAACCCGUUUGGUCCAUUCUGGAACUACGCUGGUGUGGAAUUUGACGAGUCUGUCUUGUUCGGUGGUAUUUCCUUUAGUGCCUACUAUCAGCCUCAGUGGAUGAUGAAGUUCCCUCCUUCUGAGCAUCCAGUUUUAGCCAUGCCCGGAGCUCCCGCACAGUUCCCAGUGAUAGAGGAACACGUGGGCCUGCAGCGCUACAUGGUGUGGUCCCACAAGAUGGUGAAGGAGGGAGAAGAACACAUCUCCACCCUGCUGACCAGGCCUUAUGUGGGCAUUCACCUGAGGAUCGGCAUCGAUUGGCAAAAUGCCUGCAAGUUACUGAAGAGUGGUGACGCAGGCCCUCACUUCAUGGCCUCUCCUCAGUGCGUCGGCUACAACCGCCAAACAGCCCUGCCCCUCACCAUGACCAUGUGCCUCCCCGACCUUUCCGAAAUCCGCAGGGCCGUCAAGCUGUGGGUGAAGAAGACUUCGGCCCGCUCCAUCUAUAUCGCCACCGACUCUGAGUCCCACAGCAGGGAGAUUGAAAAGCUAUUCAAGGGCAAGGUAAAAGUGAUCAGCCUCCAACCCGACUCAGCCCAAAUGGACCUGUACAUAUUAGGCCGGGCCAACCACUUCAUCGGCAACUGCGUCUCAUCCUUCUCCGCGUUCGUGAAGAGGGAGCGAGACGUCCAACGGCUCCCAUCCUCCUUUUUUGGCAUGGACAAGCCCGGGAAAGUAAAUCAAAAAGAAGAACUCUGAGUGUCACACGGUCACCCCUCUGGAUGCUACUGCUGCUGCAUGACUGUCAUGAGGAGCCGCGAGAGCACGUGGAAAGCAGAGAACACCAUAUGUGACGUGAUGGUUAAGUUAAGGCGCAAGCUGGUCCAAUUUUAGAAUGGGUUUGAAUCUGUGAAAGCUCAUAGGAGAGGAUAUAGCAGGUCUGUAGUGAUGAUGUUCCUCAAAUGUUAUACCGCUGCUGCUACCAAGAAACACUUUAUUUUUGUCUGCUUCCUACUUGAAACUCAACAUUAAAAGUAUUUUAUAUGUUCCUUCUUUUUCCUACCUGAUUGUUGUUCACCAUAACUGAAACCAACUUUCCUUUCCAUCAGGGAAGCAUAAUCAUUUCCUUCAGCUGCAGUCAUAUUCUCUAGCUGUAGCCAUGUCAGCAACACCUCCCCGGCGACCUCGGUGAACCAGGGGAAAAGACUGAUUGCAAUGUCAGCGAUCAUGUUCUCCCUCUCCCUCUCACUUUUGCCCUUUUCCUCCUCUCUUUCUCUCACUACCUUUCCUCUCCCUUUCCUUUCACUCCCCUCAUCUCUCUCCAGCUUGUUCUUUCCUUUCCUCUUUGCCCUCCAUUCCAAGGAGAGCACAGUAACCGAUCCUCACGUACAUACUAAUUAUAGGGAGGAAAAAGCAGACAGUCUUUCCACCUCUCAAUUUACCCAGGACCAAAAAACUGACAUAAUGUGUGGAACCCUGGACUGAAUGUUUUGCGAACAGUAUUGCUACUUAGUGAAUGUAUGCAAAUGUUUCAAGGGAUGAUUUAGAGGAUACUAGAGACUAUUUGCACUGGAUGAUUAAAUGCUAGUCAAAAGUAUUCCUUUGUGUGAAAGCAGUGAAUGCGUUUUUGUAAUUUGUAUUUUUUAAGUUGAAUGUUUUCCUAUUAUGUUUUACACCAAUAAAGUGAUGCACACUAAUUUUU